GAGCAAUAGACGGGACUUGAGCUUGGAGAUGGCUUUGUGUGUAGCAGAUGGCCACGCUGUGAUGUCAGAAGUUGUCAGAUGGUGAGGGUUUCUUGGAGACGCGGAUUUCAGUGUGAAAGCUGUUGUCUGGCCAGUGUUGACCGUUGUAACCAGUUUAUUCAUACAACCAGAGAUCUUUUCAUAAUCCUCCACACUUUCUUGGGGGAAAAAGUUUAUAACUCAUUUCAGACCUCGACUUGUAUGUGGACUGGGUUUCAGGGUGCUUUGGCUCUCCAGAUGUGCAUUUGGACUAAUGCUACAUGCAUUGAACAAUACAGAAAUGCAUUCCCUGUAAAGAUGUACAAGGACAACAUGCACACAUUUCCCAUGAGAGGCUGAUUCUCCAUUUUCGGUCAGUCUGUGAACUCUUGAGCCAGAAUGGCAGACCCCUCGAUGAUGGUGACAGAGGGGGUGAUUCCCACACUGGCAUCAGCACACAGCUGUGUUCUGGAGGUCAGGAAGAAGUAUGAGGUCAUUCCUUCAGUAGCCUGCACCGUGUGCUUCAUACUAGGGAUUGUCUACUGCUUCUGUGGCUACCGCUGUUUUAAAUUAGUGAUGUUCCUGUCUGGGCUGGCAUUUGGGACUGGCAUAGGCUACCUGCUGUGUCUCCGAGAGCAGCUGCUGGACUCACCACUGGACGCAGAGACACGGGCAGGCAUCUCUCUAGGCAUUGGCUUACUGGGAGGACUGGUGAGCAUACUAGUGCGCUGUGUGGGUCUGUUUCUCACUGGUCUCCACCUGGGCCUGCUGCUCUCCAUCACCGCUCUGCUGGCAGCAGGACAUUAUUAUCCUGUCCUCAGUCCUGUGUGGGUGCCUGCAGGAACAGUACUCGGCAUUGGCAUAUUCUUCGCUGUGCUGACACUCUGCUGGCAGAGAAGCAUGACCAUGUUGGCUACGGCAACUCUCGGUGCCGCCAUUGUCAUGACAUCUGUGGAUUACUGCAUGAAGACACCAAUGUUGGUGUGGAGGGCACAUGUGAGGCUGCAGGGGAACCAAGAAAAGGUGCUGUGCUGGUACAGCUGGCUGAUGUUGGGCAUCUGGAUUGUGGUAACAGCUUUAGGAAACCUGGUGCAGCAUAAAUUCACUGCCAAAGGAACGUCACACACUGAAGUGAUAGUGAGUGGCAAACAAAAGCAGCUCCAGCUAUUGAAGAUCAGACAGGCGGAUACACGCCGACUUCCAGCCGGAAAAUAUCGACGCAGACCUCCACCUCUCAAACGAUACGCAGGAGAUGUGCUCGCUCCGAGCUACCUGGCAAACCUGCGUGAGAGGCAGACGAGCACGGGCUCAUCUAUGAGCAGUCUGAGCACCGUCUACCACACCAUGAUCGACUUUGACUUUGAGACAGGAUCCAUGGUGCCUCUCACAACCUCCUCACCUGCAGUGAUCAGGGUGUGAAUGAACUCAGAAACAUACACAGACACACACACACACACACCUGGAAAGAGAAUUCAACAGAGUUCAGUGGCAGCUGAGGUUAACAGACUGUGUGCACUCAGUGUGUGUGCUGACGAUGUGGACUCUGAUUUGACUAAUAAAACAUCAUUGGAGUCUACUGAACACUGCACACUGCAGCUUCUCAGGACUUCAGGGUGCAAAACGCUUAAAGCCACAAAUAAUCAAAAUUACUUUAACACAACCCUUAUAGCAGCAAGUAACAAAUGGCACUAAUUCGCAUUUAUCUUUGAAAGUCAGAUUAUAUAUCAAGUAUGUCUGACCAGUCCUGCCUGCUCCCACAGUUAUUCUUGUAUCAACCUGCAGUAUUUUCUUAUGAAUUCUCUUGGAUUUAUUUCCUCAAAAUGUAAAGAUAUUACUGAUUUUUGAGUUAAUGAAUGAAUGAAUGAAUGAAUGUAGUAAUCAUGUAGUGUAGAGCUGCACAAGUACUAUGCUGCAUCUAUUACCCUCCCUGGUUAAGGUACAUGGCCUUUCUUUCUUCAUAUCAAACUGAUCCAGCCUGCAUGAGAGUAAAAACCACCAACUCCCACAAGUUUUCAGCCAAGGGCAUUUCAGAUCGCAGUAACAAUGCACACCAGUAACAAUGCUGAAAUCAAAUCAAGGCAAAUUUAAGCUUUAGGUUCAUUUUUCUGUUUGGUUUCCAAAUGCACAUAAUUAAACAGUAUUGUUUUUUUAAUGCUAAGGGGGAUUUAAGGCUGAAAAUGUAAGAAUGGAUGGACUAAACACUGCAUUACGGUGUUCUCAAUCACUAAUCAUAAUCUUUAACAGAAUCUUAGUAUGUAUUGACUAUUAUACCAGCAAACAUCAUAUCUCUGACCUCAGCUAUGGAUGAAGCUUUUAUUAUCACACUCAAUUGCUCUCUCUCUCUCUCUCUCUCUCUCUCUCUCUGUCUGUCCCUUGAGAACUGGUCAAAGUUGCACAGCUACACUCCCAAGGGAUUUUCAUUUCAUACAGUAUGUACUACCUUAGAACAAUGUAUUUGACGCACAAAUAACACUGUGCUAUUCAUAUAUGUAUCAGCUUUCCAGCAAGUGUUUAUUGUUUUUAGGUCGAAAUGCAUUUCCUUUUUCCUCAUAAGAGUUUCGUGCAGGAACGUAGACUGGUGUCUAAUCUUAAUCGCAAAAGGGGCAGUGUGGGUACAGGUUUUCCUUCAAAUCAAGCAGGAACCACAUCUGAUUCCACCGGUUUAAUCAGUAAAUCUUGCCUUUAAGGAGACUCAUGGGGUAUGAUUCUGCUAGACUGGAACGAAAACCUGCACCUACACAUUCCAGCCCUUUCCAGAUCAGAUUGUACAGCCCUGGUGUAGGCUACUAUAAGGAAAUAUUUCGAAUAGUCACGUAAACUCUGUAACACUUGUGAGACUGUAGUCACCGGUGGCCUUGUGUGGUCCCAAAAACAACUGAGCUUGAUUGUGUCUAUCAGUGGCAAGCAAUUUGUGCUGGAAGUGAAAACAUCGAUAAACUUGGAAUUCAAAACAGGAUGUGCAGCUAUUCUUUUAAAGCACAACAUUUAAUGCUCCAUCACAGAAAUCCUAUGUUUGAAAUUUGUGCUUGGGUUAGUAGUGUAAAGCUCCAGAUAAAUGGCAUAUUUAGUUAACUCAGAAGAAGUAGCCACAACAAUGAUACAGAGUAUAUAUACACUGUAGAAUUUAAUAAACUCCUAAAAUAUAUUCCGAAAAUAUAACAUUUUUUUUUUUUUAGAUCAAUCAUCUAUCUCGUACAGCUUAUUUUACGUUAAAUUCAGUUUUAUUUGUAUAGUGCUUUUAACAAUGGAGCUAAAAAAAAUAAAAAAAAAUCAUUUAUUUGUCCCUAAUAAGCAAGCCAGAGGCAAUGGUGAUAAGGAGAAACUCCCUGAGAUGAUAUCAGGAAGAAACCUUGAGAGGAAUCAAGUGCAAUUGUGUAACCAGGAGCUUCUGAGCAAAUUAUGAAUCUGAGUGUCAUCUCUGAAUUCAUUAAAGUUUUAACAUGAACUGUUCUGUUGAAGUUAUUAAAUGUUCAAUAGUGGAGACUUGAGUGCAGAAUUGAUCAUGUUAAUUGCAGUCCAAAGCCAUCUCCAUUGUUUCUAAUUAGUAUUAUCCACAAUGCUUAAUGCUAAGUGAAGUGUAAAUCAUUAUUGAUGUGUUUGAGUUAAUGGCCACACUUCAUCCAGCGUUCUCUCAUGUUUAGCGGGUAACCCUUCUCGAUGAAGUGUCUGGGGCUUAAACGCCAGUACUGGUCUCCUUGGAAAAUGUAAACAUGACCAUUAGUCCAUGUGAAUGCUGCAUCUGGACUGGAUGGUAACCCAGGGAUGAGAUGUGAGAGGGGUUUAGGAAAUUGUUUCAGUUCAUCGGGGGAACCCAGUUCAUCCCACUGCCAGUAUUCGAAACCCUAAAU